CUCAAAAUAUCAGCCAUCUCUAGCCAGUUAGAAGAAAAUUGUACAAUUCCAAAAUUUAAAAAGCAAAUCUGUUCGCAUCUAUUCGGAUCUUCGGCGGUCGUCGCAUGCAAGUUAAUGGCGAAGAUUGCUGAGCAGAAACAUGGCGGUUUAUGCCUAGUCCUUUUCUCUCUGCAGUUUCUAUUCUGGCUAGCGAAAGGCGAUGUUUAUAUGCACAACCCAAGAGGUUCAAAUAACCGAUUAAACGAACAAAAUAACAACAGAAACAACGCUAACAGACUCUUUGAUUCACAGAAUAACAACAGAGGUGGUUACAAUGUUGGAAAUAAAUACCAAAGUGACCGUAACACUCAAUACGAAAUGAAAUACUUCAUGAGUGGACAGAAAGGGCAGUCGAGCAACAACGAAGGGAAAUCAUAUCUGACCGUGGAAUGGACAAAUCAACACGGCUGUGGUGAUAACGAUCUCAACUGUAACAUCGUUUUGCAAUACAAGUGUCAGCCACAAAAUACGCCAUCAGCUUUUAAACUAAGAAAUGGUUAUAACACGCAGACGCAGUCAGAAAAUGGCGCCAGCUACCACCUUGGGUUGCAUGAGCGUCUCGAAUGGUACAAAGAAUGUAAAACAAGGCAACGCAACAAAGGGUUGUUUCUCGCGGAUCAAAACCCACGUGGAGACACGAGUAUUUACACACGACAAAAUCCGGGUGGUACUCGAAGAGGCUACGAAUGCCCCGAAGAACGGGAUUACUAUCCGUACUGGCACCCGACUCCUUGGAAGGAUGAGGCUAUUUAUGUGAAAAGACAAGAAGACUGCAGUUUUUACGAAAGGGAAAGCUUCAACGAAAGGCUACGAGGAAAAUGUACAGGAAAGCCGCAUUCCAGGAUAAAAUACGAUGAACACAACAACGCGUUUGCUUGUAGCCAAGGCGGUGGAAAGUGGUUAGAGUACAGUAAUUUUUUGGAAAUAUUGCCGAAUAUUAACACGGAAGGAGAAUGCAAAUCUUAUGACCGUGGCAACCCAAAUAUUCGUACUCGAUGGGCAAUUCCUUACUUUCCGGGCGAUAUAAAACAUAAAGUGAUGUGUUUAGUCCUUCCACCCAAAGUCAAAUGCUCAGUCGCACCUACCUCACGACCGAAUCACCUUGGCAAUGGGGAAAACGUCAUUGCCAUGAGACACCAGUGGAUUUUGCCGUAUUUUCCAAGUGGCGAGACUCAAAGAUGUGUCUUCCGCUUAAGGUAUAAUAUUUCCACUGACGAUUACAACGUUUCGACCACAUUCGCCGAAAGAAAUGAACGCAAAGGUGGUUCGAACAUAAUAAUCAAUCAAUCCCCGAUCACCAACAAUCCCAUAGAGCAAUUUGGUCAAAGUAGAAUCGAUCUUCAACUGGCGGUCAAUACGGCACAAUUCGGCCGAACAUUCCAAGAUCGUUCGCACACCUUCUUGCUGCAAGCACGACCCACGGGCCUGGACGACAAAAUCAUACAUAACAUUAAUGUGCGAGGAAAACGCGGUAAUAUCGUGCAGGUUUACCCAGGAGUCGAAUACGACUUUGUCCCGAAACGUGCGAGAGUUAAAUCUGACCAUUUGGUGCACUUUCAGUGGACGGGUGCGAACACAAACCCAAAUGGCAAUGAUGGUCAGGGAAGGGCAGGCACAGAUCGUCACAACAUCGUCCAGAUGGCGUCGACGGAUAUUAGCUAUCCAUCGACCGAAUUAGGUAGCAUGAUUCAGAAUGCAAAAAUUGUUCAUAAGGUGGAUCCCGAAUCGACAACAACAACAAGCAAGGACCUCGCAGUGUUGCUUGCGACCGCCGGUCGCUUCAAGACAGAGAGUGUAAUGUCUGUUUUCAAUUUUCAACGAAACCACAAAACUAAGCUUAAAGCUUAUGCGGAACUUGAUUAUUACCCGCCAUCUUUUAGUGCUCCUCUCCUUCAACUUAGCAGAGGAACAUACUAUUUCAUGUGCACCCGAAAUAAUAAUUUUUCAAACCGUAGCCAGAAAGCUCGUCUCAUCGUGGCUUGAAAUAGCUCCAAGAGGAUGUAUUGAAAUUCACUUGACUUAUAAAAUUUAAUCUUGCACGCGAUGUAGUGAAUACCUAAAUACGUUUUUCAAAGACCGGCAUAUAGCCAUAUUUGUUCUUUAGUCUCUCACAAACCAACGCGUUCAUUUAAUCGUAAUUGUCGUAAACAAGCCAUCUUUACCAAUGCGAAAUAGUCCAAUUCUAAAUCUCUCUUUAUUCUUUGUAUUUAAAUUGUCAUUUUUAACUGCAAACACAUAUAGAAAUAUUUCAAUGCAUUAACCACCUUGACAUGUCCACGACAAUUACGAAUCAAUGAAAACCGGCCGUCAGUAAGAACAUAUUUCUGCACAAAUAAACGCAAUGUAAUAACAAUAAAACUUUAGGUAAAUUUGGUCUGUAUGGUCGAAAUUUAUAUCAAGUUUAGUACUACAAGUUAACUUAACAAUAUACUUUUUGAUAAUGUUCACUGUAAUGUUGUGUAUAGUAGCAUUGAGACUAUAUUUACGCGUAAUCUUGCAAUGGUUGAAAUAUAUUCGU